CCGUCUGGUAAUUAUUCGCGUUUUCCAAGUACAGCCGCGGAUAUUUAUAUAUAUAUCAUAAAGUUAUGUGCAUAAUAAUUGGUCCACCAAAAAGGAAUCCUCUCAAAACGUAACUGGAUUUCGUACCGUGUAAAAAUGGAUGGGGUAUGAUUUUUCCGUAGAUGAUACUUUCAUAAGUUGGUUAUGGUUUGUGUUUACAUUGAAUAAUGUGCGUAAGUGUCGUUUUAUUGUCAAUAUCGAAACUAACUAAUACAAACCCAAUAAACUACAACGUGUUUCGGUUGAACGCCACUGGAUAAGCCGACUUUAACGAUGCAGUACCAUGUCCAGUAGUGUGGGAAAAGCGCGGGUUACUGAUUCGGGUCUCUCAGUCAGGUACACCCCGUGCGACAACCGCAUCGCUGAGUCGGACUCCAUUGAGUACCGACCGAGCGAUGUUAACGGUGAUAACACUGAUGAAGAUAUUGAUGAAAUUUCCGUAAUCGACGAGAAGCCGGAAGAAGGCCAUGGUAGCGCAAGUGACGAGAGUCACUCAGACGAGGAGGGCAUUGAAAAAGAGUGUCAUGAGAAUCCGGAUGUUCAAAGCGAGAAGACGGACACGGAGCUUAAUGGACCCAAAACGCUUCCCGGUUCAGUCCUAAGCGUCGCCUCCUCACCAAACGACAAAACUAAACUGAUAGGCGAGCGUUUAAGUUCGCGGACGACGCUGUCGUCUCCCAUAAACUCAAACCGAUACACUGACCCAAAGUCAUACAGAUCUCGAACGACCUCCCGACAGAGCAUCUUUGAACUGGUACGUGUCCGGACCUCAAGGAAGCCUUCUCGGGACGACCAUUUUAAUCUUAUGAAAAAGGUUCGCUCAAACGAAACCGUCGCGUCUAAGGAGGUACGUAAACAGCGCCGAAAAGAUAUCGCCACGAGGUUUGGGAAGAAGAGCAUCCGUUCUGAUACCCGGUUUGAUAACGCCCCAACCGUCUCCGAGUCCGAUGGCUGUAACUGGACGUUUGUAUUCGACCCUUCCGGUCGCCUUAGCUACUGGUGGUCUUCGGUCGUCAGUAUCGCAUUCAUAUACAAUUUCUGGGUGAUAAUCUACCGUUUUGCGUUCCAGGAAAUAAGCUCACACAAUAUUUCCAUAUGGUUCACGCUUGACUAUUUGGCUGACUUCAUAUACAUUCUUGAUAUCGCUUUUCAUUUCCGCACGGGAUACCUCGAAGACGGUGUUUUACAGACAGACGCCACUAAAUUGCGUUUACAUUACAUGAAUACAACCAAUUUCUAUGUUGAUUGUCUAUGUUUAUUGCCAUUAGAUUUCUUAUAUUUGUCUAUAGGAUUUUGCUCAAUUUUACGUUGUUCAAGAUUAGUCAAAGUCUACCGGUUUUGGAUGUUCCUAGAUCGUACCGAGCGGCACACAAAUUACCCAAAUGUUAUACGGACGACCACACUCAUGCAUUACCUUCUGGCACUGUUUCACUGGAACGCCUGUCUGUACUACAUUAUCGCGAACAGGUUGGGUAAAUCUUCGACAACGUGGGAAUUUCCGAAAGACAACGGUGACGUCAUGAGGCAAUACCUGCACGCCCUCUACUGGAGCACUCUUACCCUUACAACCGUUGGGAAUUUACCGAGACCCAAAACGAACGGUGAUUACGUGUUUACAAUAUUUGAAAUGGUGUUCGGAUUACUUUUGUUCGCAACCGUGCUGGGUCACAUAUCCAACAUCGUGUCCUGCAUCAGUGCGGCCCGCAAGGACUUUCAAGCAAAACUCGACAAUGUCAAGACCUACAUGUCCUUGCGACGGGUCCCCUUGAGGCUACAAGACCGUGUCAUCAAGUGGUUCGACUACCUCUGGAUGUGCAACAAGUCCACCGAUGAGGAAAAGACGCUAAGCCUUCUGCCGGACAAGCUCAAAGCCGAGAUAGCCAUCCACGUCCAUCUUGAUACGCUGAAACGCGUAGAGAUAUUCCAGCAGACCGAAGCCGGGUUUUUGUGCGAACUGGUGCUAAAACUAGACCCCGUCCUUUUCUCGCCCGGUGAUUACAUUUGCAGGAAAGGCGAAGUUGGCAAGGAGAUGUACAUAGUGAACAGGGGCCGCCUCCACGUCGUUGGAGACAACGGAAAGACGGUCCUAGCGACUCUUAAACCGGGCAGCUACUUCGGAGAAAUAAGCAUCCUAAAUAUGGGGACUUCUGGAAAUCGACGAACAGCUUCUGUUCGCUCCGUGGGCUAUUCAGAUCUUUUCCGAUUGUCAAAGCAGGACCUCUGGGACGUGCUGAAGGAAUAUCCCGCGGCGCGCGUAAAACUUGAGGCAAUUGCGGUAAUGCGUCUUAAGAAAACGGAGAAGAAACCAAUAGAAACCGUUGACCUCAAGCGCAGCAAGAGUACGCCAGGACUGGUAGAAUCAACAGGUAAAACACCACUUAAUUGCACGUUCAUGACCAGACACCACACUCUCCCAUCUGGGAUGCCAACCCUUAGUGCUUCCAUGGAACUUCCUCAAACAACGUCAGGUGUCGUCGAGACGUCUGACAAUAAUGACGUCACAAAAUUAAACUCGGAUACAACCGGUCUUAUCGCACAAACUGUCAACACAGAAACAGACCGUCAGAGUCUGGCGCAAGAUGCACAAAUGCAAGAAACGCAAAUUCGAACUGUGUCGAGUGUCACUUCCUUCUUAACUGGGUCACCCGUAGUUCGUUCGCCGGUAACGAUGGACGGGCAAGCGCCGAUGUUCCAUUUUAGCCCGCCAAUAACGCCAGGGGCCCCGACUCAGUUUCCGGGUCAGUAUCAACAAGUGCCACAACAUGGCCUAACAAACGUGUGCGGCCCUUUUGUGACAACGUUUGGUGACUAUAUACAACGUGACUCUACGCUCGACACGGGACCAAGAUUUCCGGCUCAAUAUCAACACAUGCAUUAUCCGUACACCCCAUUUGUUGCUAACAUUCCAACUAGCAGCUCAUCACACCAGCAAUUAUUUUUAUCGCCACAGUUUUGUUCCUCGCCAAGUUUUUCAAUACCUUCUACGUCGCCACACAAUGCACCUAACGCGUCAAGAAAAGGAUCAUUCAACCCCAACCAAUCAAAUUCAACGUCAAAUUUGCAACGUGGCUCCGUUCAGCCAAUGACCAACAGUAACGGUUCGGUGUCCACCAGUCAGAAUACGUAUUCCGAUGCUUCCCGUGAUACCUUAGUGUCGGAAAUAACGAACCUCAUGGAGCGCUUAAAAUCCGUAGAGUCUGAGAACGCCAUGAUGGCGGCAAAACUCAACCAACAACAGUGGCAACUGGAGCACAGAUUGUCAGAGCUUGAAAUGCAGAUGACGUGCACUAGUGACCUUGCUAGCACGGGCAGCACGGACGAUCGCUCAAACCCGUUCGAGCAUAUCAGCAGGGAGUCAAUGAUCUGAGUAGAGAGUCGGUGAUUUAAAUACUGAUUCAAUAAUUUAAGUAGAGAGUCAAGACGGGCUUAUAUUAUAUAUAUUUAUUAUUUUGAUUGAGUCAAUGGUUUGAGUUGUGAUUUUGUGGUUCUGUAGAGAACCAACAAUUAAGUAGAUUCACAACGUUUGUAGAAUGCCGAUGAUUUGAUUAGAAAUUCGAUAUAUUGUGAGAGAAAGUCGUGUAAUGUAAACGUUGACAAUUAUAGUAUAUGGAUCAUGCAUAAAAACACUAGACAAAGGGCGAUAAUUGCGACAAUGUUUACGCCAUAUAAACGCGUAUGGCAAUAAUCCAUUAUGGUAACACGUAUAAGAUUAUUAACCAAUUGAAGGCAGUUUUUUAUGUUCCCCAAUCUGUACUUUUGUAAUAUUGAAGAUAGCAACUUGAUAUUCGGCAUGUCACUUCUUUAUAUUAUAUUAUAAUGCAUAUAUAUCUCAUGAAGCCGCACAUUUUGAGUGGUGAAAGGUUAAGGUCAUCCUUCAAGGUCAAAUAUAUGGGGGAAUAUUGUGUUUCACAAACACAUCUUGUUUAUAUUGUGUUUAUAUUAACUACUUCUUGGAGCAAUACAUGACCUGAACAACUGUUUAUUUAACACUUAAGUGGCUAUCGUGUUUGUUAGCUGAAUAUAAUAUCAACAUUUAGAGAGCGAGCUUUUCUUACAGUUGUAAAAUUUUGACUAUUUUUAUAAAUUAGUUUCAGAUACGAUUGUCCUUUUUAUAGCUCAACAUAUGUGAAGAGCUUUGCUGCACGUUGAUAUUCUUAACCAAACCGGUUUUAACAAUGUUUGGUUAUUCCCCGAAUCUGUGAACUCUAAUCAAUUUAUGCCGUAACUUAAAAACAGAUUACGAGACCAGUAUAUCACUAACUGGAGCGUAAGUGUCACAUCAUCUAGUUCAAUGAUUUUAUAUAAGGAAUUAAAACCAGUAUUCGAAAGAUCGGCUUAUAUUGAUAUUGUUGAAAAUAAAAAACAUAGGAACAUUAUAGCUAAAUUACGUUUGUCAUCUCACAAAUUAUUUAUUGAAACGGGAAGACACCAGAACUUGAUAGAGAUCAACGUAAAUGUGUUUCUCGCAACCUUAAUGAUAUUAAGGAUGAAUACCACUUUGUUCUUACAUGUCCUUACUAUGCCGAUGUUAGGAAAACAUUAAUUCCAAAGUAUUACAGAUGUCGCCCAAAUAUGUUUAACUUUAUCGAAUUACUUAAUAGUUCAAAGAAAAAUGUGUUAAGAAAAUUAGCCAUGUCUUGUUUAAAAGGUUUUGAAAUGCGAGAACAUGUCUUAUAUAUGUGAACAUGUUUCAUUGUAGUAUAUUUUAUUUACUUGAUUGUAUUUGUAAUUCAUAGAUGCACUUUGACUAUGCUGUGUUUACUUGUUUGUCAAUGGUCAAUGGCGUUUUGCCGAUUUUUCCAACAAAAAGCUUGAAACUUUAAAUAUAUUAUAUAUCUUUCAUAAAGCCACUUAGCGUAUAAUAAUGUAAUACGUGCUGCAAGCAUUAGACAACGUUUUUACAGUAUGUGGUCACCCAGUAUUAACCUCUUCCAUGUGACAUUCUCACUUAAACAUGUUGUAUUUCAUUCUUUUUUUAAUCGAUCUUCCUUCGAAUGAUGUAUAUUUUGUAUUUAAUUGUAACGCAUGCUGUUAUUGUAUAUGUAUGUUACCGACGAUGAGCUGUAUAUGCUAAAGUCAAAUAAACUAUUCUGUUCUGUUCUGUUCUGUUGAAUGUUUGUUACAGCUUACUAUUGCUCCAAUGAAAUAAGUUAAAGUUUAAACAAAAGAUCCGGGUCCACAUGUUAUAGAAAUAAAAACUUGUUAAUUUGUUGUGUUUAAUGUAUUGAUCACGGCUCAUUUAUUUGAAAUAACAUUUAAAAUAUAUGA